AUCAAUAUUUUCACAACCUCAAUCUUAUUAAUCUUCAUUCUUCUACUAUCCCCAAUCCUAAUUUCAAUAUCAAACCUAAUUAAACACAUCAACUUCCCACUGUACACCACCACAUCAAUCAAAUUCUCCUUCAUUAUUAGCCUCUUACCCCUAUUAAUAUUUUUCCACAAUAAUAUAGAAUAUAUAAUUACAACCUGGCACUGAGUCACCAUAAAUUCAAUAGAACUUAAAAUAAGCUUCAAAACUGACUUUUUCUCUAUCCUGUUUACAUCUGUAGCCCUUUUUGUCACAUGAUCAAUUAUACAAUUCUCUUCAUGAUAUAUACACUCAGACCCAAACAUCAAUCGAUUCAUUAAAUAUCUUACACUAUUCCUGAUUACCAUGCUUAUCCUCACCUCAGCCAACAACAUAUUUCAACUUUUCAUUGGCUGAGAAGGGGUGGGAAUUAUAUCUUUCCUACUAAUUGGAUGAUGGUACGGACGAACAGACGCAAAUACUGCAGCCCUACAAGCAAUCCUCUAUAACCGCAUCGGAGACAUCGGAUUCAUUUUAGCUAUAGUUUGAUUUUCCCUAAACAUAAACUCAUGAGAACUUCAACAGAUUAUAUUCUCCAACAACAACGACAAUCUAAUUCCACUUAUAGGCCUAUUAAUCGCAGCUACAGGAAAAUCAGCACAAUUUGGCCUCCACCCAUGACUACCAUCAGCAAUAGAAGGCCCUACACCAGUUUCAGCACUACUACACUCAAGUACAAUAGUAGUUGCAGGAAUUUUCCUACUGGUCCGAUUCCACCCCCUCACGACUAAUAAUAACUUUAUUUUAACAACUAUACUUUGCCUCGGAGCCCUAACCACAUUAUUUACAGCUAUUUGUGCUCUCACCCAAAACGACAUCAAAAAAAUCAUUGCCUUCUCUACAUCAAGCCAACUAGGCCUGAUAAUAGUGACGCUAGGAAUAAACCAACCACACCUAGCAUUCCUACACAUCUGUACCCACGCAUUCUUCAAAGCUAUACUCUUUAUAUGCUCUGGCUCAAUCAUUCAUAGCCUGGCAGACGAACAAGACAUCCGAAAAAUAGGAAACAUCACAAAAAUCAUACCAUUCACAUCAUCAUGCCUAGUAAUCGGAAGCCUCGCCCUCACAGGAAUACCAUUCCUAACAGGGUUCUACUCAAAAGACCUAAUUAUUGAAGCAAUUAAUACCUGCAACACCAACGCCUGAGCCCUACUAAUUACACUAAUCGCCACUUCUAUAACAGCUAUGUACAGCAUACGAAUCAUUUACUUCGUAACAAUAACAAAACCGCGUUUUCCCCCCCUAAUCUCCAUUAACGAAAAUGACCCAGACCUCAUAAACCCAAUCAAACGCCUAGCAUUCGGAAGCAUCUUUGCAGGAUUUGUCAUCUCAUAUAAUAUUCCACCAACCAGCAUUCCAGUCCUCACAAUACCAUGAUUUUUAAAAACCACAGCCCUAAUUAUUUCAGUAUUAGGAUUCCUAAUCGCACUAGAACUAAACAACCUAACCAUAAAACUAUCAAUAAAUAAAGCAAAUCCAUAUUCAUCCUUCUCAACUUUACUGGGGUUUUUCCCAUCUAUUAUUCACCGCAUUACACCCAUAAAAUCUCUCAACCUAAGCCUAAAAACAUCCCUAACUCUCCUAGACUUGAUCUGGUUAGAAAAAACCAUCCCAAAAUCCACCUCAACUCUUCACACAAACAUAACCACUUUAACAACCAACCAAAAAGGCUUAAUUAAAUUGUACUUUAUAUCAUUCCUAAUUAACAUCAUCUUAAUUAUUAUCUUAUACUCAAUUAAUCUCGAGUAA